AUGGCCUUCAACAACAAAUCCAAGAAGACCAAUUCAUUUUCACAUUUCAAUCUCUGCGUCACCCUUUUCUUCGUUGUCCUCUUCACUAUACCAGCUUUUUUCCUUCUACACACUCACCCCAUCAUCUCCACAUGCACCAACCUUGACCAGUCCUGGUCAGGUGAUCAUCGUUUUGUUGAGUUUGCAUGGAACAAACUACCAUUUUUUGAAGACAAGCCUUCACCCAUAUACCUCAAAAUCGCUGUGUUCUCUAGAAAAUGGCCUAUUGGAACCACUCCUGGUGGCAUGGAGCGCCAUGCUCACACCCUUCACACUGCUUUAGCUCAUCGUGGCCAUCAAGUUCAUAUCUUUACCUCUCCCUCACAAGAAGAAACCACUUCAGACACAGACAAUCACCAAGAAGUUGCACCCUCUUCACCUCACAUUCACUGUCAUGAAGGUGAGCCAGGUAAGUGGCGCUACAAUAAAGCAUGGGAACAGUUUCUUGAAGAAAACCAGAAAGAACCCUUUGAUGUUGUUCACUCAGAAAGUGUGGCACUUCCUCAUUGGCUUGCUAGAAACCUUCCAAACCUUGCAGUUUCUUGGCAUGGCAUAGCUCUUGAGAGCUUGCAAUCAAGUAUUUUCCAAGACUUGGCUCGUAGGCUUGAUGAGCCUAGAUCUCCAGAUUUUGACAAAGGAUUACAAGGGGUUGUUCCAAAGGUUCUCAAUGAGAUAAAGUUCUUCAGGAACUAUGCACAUCAUGUUGCCAUUAGUGAUAGUUGUGGUGAGAUGCUAAGAGAUGUGUACCAAAUUCCAAGCAGAAGAGUCCAUGUAAUUCUCAAUGGCGUUGAUGAGGAUGACUUCAGAGAAGAUGUGGAACUAGGAAGAGAAUUUAGAACCAAAAUUGGCAUUCCAAAAAAUGCAAGUUUAGUGCUUGGUGUAGCUGGAAGAUUAGUGAAGGACAAAGGCCAUCCUUUGCUUCAUGAAGCAUACUCUAGGGUAAUAACAAAUCACGCCAAUGUGUACUUGAUUGUAGCUGGGUCAGGACCAUGGGAGAACAGGUACAAGGAUUUAGGGAACCAAGUUAUUGUUCUUGGAUCUAUGAGUCCUUCCAUGCUAAGAGCAUUCUAUAAUGCUAUUGACAUUUUUGUCAAUCCCACACUAAGACCACAAGGUCUUGAUCUUACCCUGAUGGAAGCCAUGAUGAGUGGGAAGCCACUUUUGGCAUCGAGGUUUCCAAGCAUCAAAGGUAGUAUUGUGGUUGAUGAUGAUUUUGGUUUUAUGUUCUCUCCCAACGUGGAGUCACUGUUGGAGGCACUCGAAGCAGUAGUAAAAGAAGGGCAAGAGAGGCUUGCAAGGAGGGGAAAGGCAUGCCGUGAAUACGCAACUUCCAUGUUUACAGCUAGAAAGAUGGCGUUGGCAUAUGAGAGGCUAUUCUUAUGCAUAAAAAAGGAUGCAUUUUGUAACUAUCCUUGA